AUGCGCCCACAAUCCGAGGCUGACAUUGCCGAAGAACAGCAACACUUCGCCAAAGUAGUAGCUACUUUCGAGCAGUACGCGUCGUAUUCUCUGGCAGCGAAUAACCGACGCCGGAAAGACCUGUUCUCGCUCUCUCUGGAAGAUCAGAAGCUGCUUGACGAGCUUGGGUGGAAGCAGAGACUUGUUGAUGUUGAUAAUGCGAUCCUUGAAAAUGCUAAGUUUGUACGAGCGAUAAUUGCCGAGCCCGAGAUAUUCUCGGAUGCAGACCUCUUUCAGGAUGGUGACGAAGAUGACUAUGGAGAACAGGGGGCAACCGAGGGAUCUAAUCACAUUCAUUCACAUCUUCACUCGGGUGGACCGCAUCAUGGCUUCUCGCAUUUGCACCCUGGUAGCAGUGUUAAUAAUACAGCGCAGGAUCGUCCAUCUUCUAAGAAAAAACGAUACCGUCCGACUGAUUUCGAUAUGGACAAGCUCCGGAGCACUCUCAAGCAAUUUGUACGAGAUUGGAGCGACGAGGGCAAAUCGGAACGGGAUGUAUGUUAUGAGCCAAUGAAAGACGCUCUACUACGACAUUUUGCGAAUGUUCCAGAGGCGGAGAGAUCGAAACUGCGGGUUCUUGUUCCGGGUGCAGGGCUCGGUCGUCUUGCAUAUGAUAUAGCCCGACUGGGAUUUUCGUGUCAGGGCAAUGAAUUUUCGCAUUAUAUGCUGUUGGCAUCGUUUUUCAUUUUAAACAGAACGGAGCAAGUACAUCAACACACGAUAUAUCCGCAUGUUCACUCAUUCUCGAACAUUCCGAACCGAGAAGCGCUAUUACGACCUGUCAGUAUUCCGGAUGCAUUCCCUUCCGCGAUUCCUCGUGGCGUGAACUUCUCCCUCGUUGCUGGUGAUUUUGAAGAGGUUUAUGGAAACGAUGAUCAUGAGGAGGACGAGCCGCAGGCCGGGAAGUGGAACGCUGUUAUGACAUGCUUCUUCAUCGAUACAGCAAAGAACGUGAUUAACUACCUUCGAAUAAUUCAUCGGAUCCUUGCUCCGGGUGGAGUCUGGAUAAACUUAGGCCCACUCUUAUGGCACUGGGAGAACAAUACAACCAACGAUCCUUCAAUAGAACUAGACCUUGAAGAAGUCAAGGCGCUCUGUAGAAAGUUGGGGUUUAGACUCGAGAAUGAGCGAACUCUCGAGACGACAUACACAAAUAACUCACAAUCGAUGCUUGGAUAUGUGUAUAAGACGGCUUUCUGGACUGCGACAAAAGUCGAGGAAGAGGCGAGACAAUGAAUGACGCCUGUUAGGAUAGAAAGACCUAUGGACCCAUUUACUUGAAUUGGUUCAAAAUCAUUCUUGUUUGCACUUCUGUUGUAGUGCUGUCUGGGUCAGUAUGUUAUCUGCGAACGAUGUCACACGAAUGUUGCUUGAAGACGCGGCCGCUCGGCAUGUUGUCGACCCCUCGUACAUGAACUUCUGUUUCGUCAUUGUAUCACUAUAGAAUGCAAAUUACUCGGUACCGCCUCCUGCUUUUGAACAUCCACCUCCCAUAUUCGUCCACAAGCGGCGUUUAACUUCAGGAAGCC